AUGUCGCCCGGCGUGGCGGCGGUCCACCACGCCCGGCUCGGAGCAGGCGUCGGCCUCGCCCUCGGAGAGUCGUCCACCAACGGCGAGCUCUGCGCCUCCGCCAUCGUGCCGCUGCUCGAGCACGUCGCGGCGGGCGGCGCCUCGACCGCCUUCAUGUACGGCCAGACCGGCUCCGGCAAGACGCACACGAUGGCGGGCAUCGAGCAAGUCGCCGCCGCCACGCUGCUGCCGGCGGGAUGCGCCGCCGCAAGCGCGCGGCUGCAGUACUUUGAGGCGCAGAGGGCCGAGGCCCGCGAGGCGUGCGGUGGCGGCCCUCUUGAGCUCUCUCUCUCUCUCUCGCGCGCGCAGGUGCGCGGCGAUCGGUGCGUCGACUUGCUCGUCGAGCGCGGCAAGGAGCUGAUGCUCGCCAACGACGCGAGCGGCGUGACGCACGUGUUGGGGCUCUCCUCCGCCGAUUUCACCUCCUCGAGCGAGCUGCUCGCCGCGCUCGCCACCGCAAAGUCGCGCCGCGCGACACACGCGACCGGAGCCAACGCCGUCUCGUCUCGCUCCCACGCCGUCUGCACGAUCGAGCUCUGCUCGUCGGCCGCGGACGGGCCGUGCGCGGGCAAGCGGCGCCCUCCGGCGGCGGUGCUCACCCUUGUCGACUGCGCGGGCUCGGAGAGGAAGGAGGACUCAGCGACGCACAACUCGGACCGGCGCAAGGAGGGGGCGGAGAUCAACGCGUCGCUGCACGUGCUGCAGGAGUGCAUGCGCCAGUGGGUGGCGACCGAGGCGGGGCGGCAGCAGGUCCACAUCCCCUUCCGCCAGUCGGCGCUCACGCGCGUGCUCGCAAACUCGUUCACGCGCUCAGACACGCGGAUGGCGGUCAUCGGCACCGUCUCGCCCGCCUCGACGGACGCGGAGCACUCGCUCGCCACCCUGCGCGUCGUCUGCCAGAUCGGCGCCGAGAGCGGAGUCACGCGAGAGACGAGGCAGGCGGUCAAGUCCGUCGGCCCGCCCCUCGAGCCGGUCCGGCCGUCGCCAAAGACCUACGACGUGGCCGCCGUGCGCGGCUGGCUCGCGCGGGCGUGCAGCGGCGCCUUCGCCCCGCUGCUGCCCGUCGUGUCGCCCUCGCUCGACGGGCGCGGGCUGAUGAAGCUGUCGGCAAAGCAGAUGGCUUCGAUCUGGGGCGUGUCCGAGGAGAUCGCCAACGCGAUCUUCUCGGAGCUGCGCGCAGAGGCGCGGCGCGCCGAGGAGAGCCAAAAGGCGCGGCGGGCGGGGAUGCGUGCGCAUGAGCGGAAAAAGUUUGGUUGA